AUGGUGAUCCAAUUCAUUGCAUUCACAGGCCAUUCUAUCCAACCGCCUCUUCCUAGUCAGAAUAUGUUCGAGUAUCUUGGACUUCCGGUAUCGUUUGAAAUAGAGGAUUCUACGCUGAAGAAAAGUUGUAGGUUUCGAGAACUGCAGGCUACCGUUCAUCCUGACAAAUUCACUCAGGCCUCUAAGCACGAAAGGGAGAUCUCAGAUGAGCAUUCAAGAAGGUUGAACGAGUCGUAUAAGACAUUGUCGGAACCGUUUCUUCGUGCAAAAUACUUGCUAAAGAUUUUGGGUGAAAAGGAAACAAAAGGCAAAGACUUGGAUCCCGCUUCGUUAAUGGAAAUGAUGGAAUGGAAUGAAAAAGUUUCUGAGAUGACGAGCGAGGGCGAGCUUUCCGCUGAAAAGGAAAUCGUUCAAAAAGAGAUUGACGGGAUAAUGAAGGAGCUGGGAAAACAAUUUGCGGAUAAGAGUUUAGAUGGAGUGCGCACAAAUAUCACUCGCCUAAGCUAUUUGUAUUCUUUGAGAACUGCUAUUAAUAAAAAGCUAGAGGAUUUGAUGGGUAUGUAAAU